AUGCCGCAAUCAAAUAAUGGAAGUACAACAAAUGCGCAUGGAAUACCCAGCAUUUCCACCGACGAUCUCGUUGCUUUCCACGAAUCCCAUUUCUCGCACACAGCCGUCGCCGCCUUCGGAUCUGAAUUCGUAGACUCGCCCUCCCAGGAUCAAACUCAAGAUGACGCCGUCAACGAUACUCGGGAGGAGGAGGAGGACGAUAGCCUGGGCUAUUAUCCGGAUGGUGUGAAAAGGACUUUGACAGAUGCGCAAAUCGAGAUAUUUCGACAUUCAGAACUCGAAACUCAACGCAAAGAGAAAGAAAGAGCGAAACAGCUGGGUUUGAAAGAAACAGCGCCGUCGAGCGACGUCAUGGAUUUGAGUAAUGAUACCCCCACUUCAAAGCAAACCAAAAACAUGUCUUCCUUAUUACCCGCUUCCUUCCAGAGCAAUAAGAAACGAAAGAAGAAGAAGAACGGUCUUCAGCGCCCUCGCCCCGAACCGAAACCAGACUUGCGCAAACGAACCUGGGACGUUGUGGACAAAGGCUUGGACUCGCUGGAAUACGACUAA